AUUCGUAAAUGGAUAAGGAUAGAGUAUCUAACUGCAAAGUGAUUUUUCAUUCACUUUACAAACAUGCAGAAGUUAAAGUCUUCUUGAACUUGUGUGUUUUCCCAUAGUUCAUUAGCGUAUAUGGGAUAUACAGUUAAAUAGUUUCGACGUCCUUAACUAUCCAGACAAGUUGAAACCGACAUUGAAGACAACAGGAAGGUGAUGAUGAUUCGUUACAAUACUGUAUUUUUCUCUCUUUGCGUUCAAUUUCUUGUGGGACUACACGCAUUUCAACCUGUUGCUUGCAACGAGAAUUGCAAAGCUCCAACGAUCAAUGCCGGAUCUAGCACCAUCGAGGGAUCUUGUUCAACGUUCCAUGCCAAUGAACUUGGAGUUGACCGCCAAGUGGCAUCUUACCGUGGUCUUCGCUAUGCAAAGCCUCCUGUGGGACGCCGACGAUUCACUCCUCCAGAAUUGCAGGAUUUGGACUUGAAAGUAGAUGGAAAUUCGGGUGGACCAAGUUGUCCACAGGGACUUCAUCCAGUAUACAACACCGAGUCUGGCAGUGACGAGGAUUGCCUCUUUCUUGAUGUUUUUGUGCCUCUGCCACAAAGGGAUGUGCCCCUCGCUGUGCUGGUAUGGCUUCAUGGAGGUGGUUUCAUGUAUGGCGCUGGAACAGUUCCAAUGUUAUCUCCCCUCCCAUUGGUCGCUUUAGGUGACGUCAUAGUGGUAACCAUAAACUACCGUUUAGGAGCUCUUGGAUAUCUAACCACGGGGGACAAUAUCAUACCACCAAAUCUCGGUGUUAUGGACCAAAUAACAGCCUUGAAUUGGAUUAGGAAAUACAUAUCAGCAUUUGGAGGUGAUCCAAAUCGAGUGUCUCUCUUUGGUGAUAGCGCGGGAUCAGCAAGCAUUCAUAUCCAUAUCAUGUCUCCAUUGUCGUCUGGUCUAUUUCAUCGAGCAAUCAUGCAGAGCGGAGCAUCAACAUCAUCAUGGGCAAGGUCUCCCGACCUAGCAACAGCACGAAACAGAGCUCAGACCCUAGGUCGACUGGUGGGGUGUGGUGAAGUUCCAUCUUCUGCACAACUUUUAGAAUGUCUCGAGCAAAUUCCUGCAUAUGAAAUUGUUGCUAUGCAGCAACGAGUGUUAGCUGACACGGGAGAUUCGGCUGAUAUCGCAUUCCUCCCCGUAAUCGAUCAUGUAGUCAUCCCUGAUACUCCGGACAUCGUUGGCAAAAUGGGUUCGUACAACAAUGUUAGCCUCAUCGUUGGGGCUAACGCAGAUGAGGGGAUGAUGACCAUGAUGAAGCUGUUUCCAAAGGCGAUUACGACACCCACAGUCACUCGUCAAGAGCUGCGGCAUUACAUGUCGACCGUUAUCAAGGUGGAGGAUUCCAUCCUUCAAGACCUGAUCGAACUGGUAUACGAUGUGGACGAACAUGAAAGCCCUUCACAUACGAAUAGGAUGUACAGUGAUCGAGGCCAAAAUAAAGACGAGUACUUAACUGAGUUAAUGAAUGAUGGAAUGUUGAACGUGUUUGAUAAGCUCAAUGACAUCGUCGGCGAUAUGACCAUGUUUUGUCCUACCAUCGCUGUGGCAGAUUUUGCAGCCGAUGCGGGAUUGAAAGUAUAUCGUUAUCAUAUGACUCACAGACCCAGCCAGUCAUUUUGGCGUCCCAUAACUUGGACCCGUGUUAACCAUGGUGAGAAUCUUCUCUUUGUAUUUGGGGUACACUUCCUACCCCAUCUUAAUUGGACCUUAACACCAGAAGAAGUAAAUAUGACGUCACGCAUCAUCCAGUAUUGGACCAACUUCGCCUCUUCGGGAGACCCGAAUCAAAAUGAAGACAGUCCAUGGCUGAUGAACGACUUACCAGAUUGGCCGCUCUACGAUCCUAUCACAACAGAUCUCUCUAAGAACAUUUCACCAGCAAUGACAGAUGAUUCCGCUUUCAAAUCUAGAGAAUGUAGAUUUUGGAAUAUGAUAUUCGCGCGUUUACAAACUCGUCUUCGAUGACAUCAUUAUUAUUAUCAUUAUCGUUAUUAUCAUUAUUAUUAUUAGUAGUAGAAUAAGAAGUAGUAGUAGUUACAAGUAGUAGUAGUAGUAGUAGUGUAAUUAUUAUUUGUUCGGCGUCACCUGUGCCUGGGAGGCGAAAAGCGAGCUGACUCACUGACCCGCAGGUCUCUCCUACCGAUAUAAAUCUAUAUAUAACUAAAUGGGGGAGUGCAGGUGGACCACUACACCUGGCUUUCCCCCUACUCUUAUACGAAUAGUGCAGUGGGUUAUUAACGAGCAAAUGUGAUGACUCUCCUCUACACGGGGCUUCAAUUCAGUGGCGUAGCUACGGGGGGGCAUGGGGGGGCACGUGCCCCCCCUGAGAUUUGGUGUGCCCCCCCAGGUGCCCCCCCUGAAAAAAAUUGGCAGAGCAAAAAAAAAAAGGGAGAAAGAAGAAAAGAAAAAAAGAAAAAAGAAGAAAGACAGAAGAACAAAAAGGAAGAGGAAGACGAGUGAAUGAAAUAAUGUGAGGGGAAGACUUGCAAAAAAAAAAUCUUUCAUGUUACCAUAUAAAAUUUUUGCUUGCGCUUCGCGCCAGAAUUGCCUGUUCGAUGAGAUUCAUAUCUUGCUCAAUAGGCUGAUAUGGAGCAAGUUUUGAAGUCUAUAUACAAAACAUAUUUUAGCUCGGACAUCGAGCUUUCAUUAUUUUUUUCAUUUACAAAUUUAAGUGCUCUGUAAAAUGUUUGUUUUUAUGGUCUACAUAUCAGCAUUUUAAGCUCACGCUGCGUGGUCACAUUGUUUGAUUUGCCAAGUUCAUAUUGUCUAGGUGUAUUCCAUAAUGUUCCAUUAAACAAAUGUAUUCAGAAUGCCCAGAUUCUAGGUCUAAAUCUAAAACAUGCGCGAUGGCCUGCAUGUUCUUUAUUUAAAAUGUACUUAAAUUAUCCAGUUUCACGUCAGAAUAUCAAUAAUUGUCUGCUCACGCUUCAUGAUCGCAUUAUUAAUGAUACCCAAUUAACUAUAUCCUAUUUAUGAUUUACAAAAUAUGAAUAGAGUGUCCCGCUUUUAGGUCUGAAAUCUAAAUUUUCUACCUCUCGCGCUUCGCGCUCGCAUCAAUUGUUUAGUUACAUACCUAUCCCAUUUAUUAAUACAAAAAGUGCUUAGAAUGACCAUUUUUAGGUCGGAAUGUUAAAAAAAUUUGCUCGCGCUUCGCGCUCGCAUUAUCGAAAUAUAUACCGUCUUCGUGGGUAACUGUAAGCAGUCCUUAACAGGUCCCUUUUCGAUAAUGCUAGAACAGGUAAUAAAAAAUUCUGCUCGCGCUUGGCGUUCGCAGUAACCAUCUAGUUACAUACGAAUCUUGUUCAGGAUCACACAUAACAUUGUCCAGAAUAUUAAAUUUUCAGGACAAAAUACAUAAAAAGUUAUUUAAAAAAAUCGCUCGCGCUUCGCGCUCGCACUUUGUAUAAGGCUUAUUUCAUGUUAAUGUUGUUUUAUAAGAAUAAAACUAAGAAGUGACUGAUCGGGGAAAAUAUAGGUGAAGAUAAUUUCGGGCACCGUCCCCUAUUGGCGAAAGUCGGAUCCGCCCUUGUGACACAUACACACACACACCGAAAAAAUGGUGCCCCCCCUGAAAAAGCAAGGACCCCCCAGUGCCCCCCCAGGAAAAAAAUCCUAGCUACGCCACUGCUUCAAUUUAAUAGACGGGUCAAUAUACGACCAAAAAUAGCCUUACCCGGAACAAAUUGCAACAAAUGAUUUUUCAACGGUAUUUUGUACUAUUUGACCUCAGGAAUAACAUACUAAAAAUCUACCAAAAUCCGCAUCCGGGAAAGUGGUUAUUUUCAAGAUGGCGUCCAAAAUGGCCGCCAUUCACUGAAAAUGGAUACAACUGACACAUUAUCCACCCUAGAAUACUAUUUCGGUUCAUAUUCCAUGGUCUGGGGUACAAACAUUGAUUUAGGCUAGGAUGCAUUAUGAGCCCUCCAGUGUACCAGGCAAAUCCAAGAUGGCGCCCAAAAUGGCUGCCGUAGGCUGAAAAUCCACAAUUAAUCUAAAUUAGUUUUUUAUUUAAUGGUUUUAAAGGUGAAAUAGUACAUUGAAACAAGUUACAAGGACAGCCAGUGGUCGAGUGUGUCCAAAAAUCCAAGAAGGCUUCCAAAAAAUGAGUUUAAAAUGGCUGUUGAUAAUUAAAAUGGACAUAGUUCAUUUUAUAUCCGCCUGGGACAUAAUGAUUUUGGUGUCUAGACCAUGAUUUCAAUGGUCAAAUAAGACAUUGGGAUAAGUUACAAGGACAGUCAGUGGAGUAGUAUGUUCAAAAAUCCAAGAUGGCUUCCAAAAGUGGAGUCGAAAAUUGCUGUUGCUACUUAAAAAAACCCGACAUAGUUUGCUCAAUGUCCAGAAAUAUGAUUUUUGUGUCUAUACCAUGGUUAAAUGGGUCAAAUAAUACAUUGGGGCAAGUUACAAGGAAAGUCAGUGGUCUGGUAUGUGCAAAAAUCCUAGAUGGAUUCUAAAAAUUGAUUCUGAAACGGCUGCUAAUACUUAAAGCGGACAAAGCUCAUUUCAUUUUGGCCUGGAUAUGUGAUUUUGAUGUAUAAACCACUGGUUUCAAGGGUCAAAUAAUAUAUUAGGAUAAGUUACAAGGACAGUCAAUGCUAUGGUAUGUCCAAAAAUCGAAGAUGGCGUCCAAAAAUGGUAUUAGAAAUAUGCUGCUGAUACUUAAAGCGGAUCAAGCUCCUUUCAUAUCGGCCUGGAAAUGUGAUUUUGGUGUCUAAACCACUAGUUUCAAGGAUCAAUUAAUACGUUAGGGCAAGUUACAAGGAAAGUCAGUGGCCUGGUCGGUCAAAAAAUCUAAGUUGGCUUCCAAAAAUUGAUUCUAAAUUGACUGCUGCUACUUAAAGCGGACAUAGCUUAUUUCAUAUCGGCAUGGGAGAUGCAAUUUUGGUAUCUAAACCACUGGUUUAAGGGCCAAAAUAAUACAUUAAGACAGGUUUUAAGGCCAGUCAGUGGUCUGGUAUGACCAAAAAUCCAAUAUGGCUUCCAAAACUUGAUUCUUAAAUGGCUGUUGAUACUUUAAAGUGGCAUAGCUCAUUUUCAAUCCGCUGUGAGAUAUGAUUUCGGUGUCUAAACUAUGGUUUCAAGGGUCAAAUUAUAUAAAUGGACAAGACAAUGGCAGUCAGUGGUCUAGUAUGUCAAAAAUUACAAGAUGGCUUCCAAAAAUGGAGUAAAAAUAUGUCUGAUGUUACUUAUAAAAGGACAUAGUUUGUUUAAUAUCUGUCUGGGGAAUAUGAGUUUGGUGUUAAACACAUUGUUUAGAAGGGUCAAGUAAUACACUAGGGUAAGUUACAAGACCAGUCAGUUGUCUGUUUAAAAAAAAAAUCCAAGAUUACUUCAAAAAAUGGGGUGUAAAUUGACUGUUGCUACUUAAAAGUAUGCAUAGUUCAUUAUAAAUACACCUUGGAGGUAUGAUUUUGCUGUCUAUACUAGAGUUUACAGGGUCAAGCAAUACCUUGGGUUAAGUUGAAAGGACAGUCAGGUGUCAGGUAUGUCCAAAAAUCAAAGAUGGAUUUAAAAAUAGGGGUCUUAAAUGACUGCUGUUACUUAAAAGUGGAUGUAGAACAUUAUAAAUACACCAUGGGGAUAUUAUUUUGGUGUCUACACUAGGGUUUCAAGGGCCAAACAAUACUUUGGGACUGGUUACCAUGAUAUGCAGCUAUCCAUUUUGCCUUAAAAUCCAAGUUGGCUUAAAAAAUGGGUUCUAAAGUGACUACUGUUACAUAAAAUAUCUACCUGUUAGAAAUAAUCUUGGUGCCUACACUUAAAUGCAUGGGGACAAGUUAUCAUAUUGUUUAAUGAGUUGGUAACAGCACCCAUUUUGAUGAAAUUUUAGAAUCCAUCAUGGAUUAUUUGACAAAAUGGAGUACUAACCAUCCUGUUUACUUGUCCGAAUGUAUCAUUUGACCCUUCAUACCACAAUUUGGACACCAACAUUAUUUCUUGCAGAUGAAUAUUGUAGAACUCUGACCACUAUUGAAUGAUAUGAGUCGUUUUAGAUUCCUUUAAAAACCCUCUUGUGUUUUAGGCGAACUGGACAACUGCAUAUCAAUGUAACCAGUCCAAACGUAUUAUUUUAACCAUGAAACCAUAGUGUGGACACCGAAAUCAUAUCUCCUAGGUGGAUUUUAAAUGAACUAUGUCCAUUUUAAAAGUAACAGCAGUCAUUUAGACUCCGAUUUUUGGAAGCCAUCUUGUAUUUUCGACAUACUGGACCACUGACUGUCCUUGUAACUAAUUUUCUGCCUUUUGAAACCAUGAUAUAGGCAACAAAAUCAUAUGCCCUUGACGAAUAAAACAUGAACUAUGUCCAUUUUUAAAUACCAUCGCGGCUAAUUGAUACUAUUUUUUAAGCCACCGUGGACUUUUGGACAUACUUGACCACCAAUCGUUCUUGUAACUUAUCCCAAUUUAUUAUUUGACCCAUUUAACCAUGGUAUAGGCACAAAAAUCAUAUUCCCGAAUAUUGAACAAACUUUGUUGGGUUUUUUUAAAGUAGCAACAGCAUUUUUUACUCCAUUUUUUGGAAGCCAUCUUGGAUUUUUGAACAUACUGGACCACUGACUGUCCUUGUAACUUGUCCCAAUGUAUUAUUUGACAAUUGAAACCAUGGUCUAGACACCAAAAUCAUAUCUCUCAGGUUGAUGUGAUAUGUUGUCUGGCUGUCCUUGUAACUUGUAACUUGUCCCGACGUACUACUUCAUCAUUAAAAACAAUCGGAUGGAAACCAAAUUAAAGCCACUUAAGUAAGUAAUAGAUGAAUUGUGGAGUUUUUAAGACUACGGCAUCCAUUUUGGGCGCCAUCUUGGAUUUUCCUGGUACCCUGGAGUGCUAAUAUUCACUCUAACUUGUAUAAAUAAAUUCUUUUACCCAUUGGACCAUGGAAUAUGAACCCAAAUAUGAUUCUAGGGUGGAUAAUGAGUGAGUUAUAUCAAUUUUUAGUGAAUGGCGGCCAUCUUGGAUGACAUCUUAAAAAUAACCACUUUCCCGGAUGCGGAUUUUGGUAGAUUUUUAGUAUGUUAUUCCUGAGGUCAAAUAGUACAAAAUACCGUUGAAAAAUCAUUUGUUGCAAUUUGUUCCGGGUCAAACCAUAUAUUGACCCGUCUAUAAUGUCAUAUUCGAGGAACGGAGUGUUUUCCACUGUAACAUAGCCUGCAUCUAUGGAACAUAGGAGAAAGCCGGGAAAACAUUGUUUUGUACAACAUUGCUCUGUUUAUCAUUUUAAUGAAAGCAUUGACGUUAACAAAUUGCUAGCUGGACACCCGGAAUGAACAAAUAUACGAUUUGGAUAUUAAAAUGAAUGAUUUCUAUAACAUUUCCUAUCCCCAUGGUACAAGUAGUAUAGUAUUUCAAUGUACAAUCAGGACUGGGCUAUUUGAUCUCGACCGCCGUUUGCGCGAUCGCGCCGAAAUUUGGCACGCACAUUCUUUACCACAUAAACUACAAGCUAGUAUUUAAAAAAUCUGAAAAUAAUAUUGUGUUAUUUAUUAUGGAUAAAAUAUGCAAAUUUAUUCAUGAAAAACAUUAUUUGCAUAUUUAACACCCAAUUUCACUUCAAUUUUUCUUCUUUUUUUGCAUAUGUCAUCUUUGUAAUCCAAUUUAAAGAUUUCCACAAAGAAAAAUUACGAAAGCCAAUUUUUUUCCUUAUAAUAAUAAUAAUAAUAUAGGAUAUUUAUAUUGCGCACAUAUCCACCUUGUUAGGUGCUCAAGGCGCUCCUAUAUUACCCGGCUAAGCUAUAGGCUAAGCUAUAAGCUAUAGGCGUUCACAGCGCACACAGCUUCUUGAGGAAUUACUUCCAACCGGUACCCAUUUACCUCACCUGGGUUGAGUGCAGCACAUUGUGGAUCAGUUUCUUGCUGAAGGAAAUUACGCCAUGGCUGGGAUAUGUAUUUCUUUGUUUUUAGAAUUUCUUAUGCAUUUCUUUGUUUUUUUUUCAAUGGAAAUUAUUACAGACCCUUUAACAACUAAAUUACACCCUAAAUUAAUCAAGCAGACUAACUAGAACGAAAAAUAAUCACCCUUUUAUGAAUUUCAUCUCCCAUUAAUCGAUGGCGGCGGAAGCCAAAAAAAUUAGGGGGGACCAGCAACAAAAUUUUGACAAGCAAAAAAAAAAAAAGGUUAUCAACCUAAAUUUUAGGGGGGGUCGUCCCCCCCCCCCCACCUCAAAUUUAGCGGGGACAGGUCCCCCCGUUUCCGCCGCCUAUGCCAUUAAUACACUAAGUAUAAUUUUUUUGUGUGGACAUUCUGAGUAUGUUUUUUUCUCUUUCAGAAAUGUUUUAUUAUCUCAGAGAAGUUAAUCGAUCAAGUUGGUCAGUUUGGGGGUAUAAUAGACACUUGAACCAAGCUACAAAAUGAGGUUAUUAAUAUGCCAUGGUGAAGUCCCUUUUUUGUGCUGUAAGCUUAUAAACGUCAAAUGGGCCUCCGGGGUUAGUUGGAACAAAAUUGAGGGGGCUAGUUAAAACAUGUUCCAACUUACCCCAAACAUAAUUAUGAAUAAAAACAUUGGAUAUGAGAAAAAAAUAUAUUAAGUAUUUCACACUCUUCUGAACAUGUAUUGUAUACCAUGCUUGUUUUGUUUAUCAUUUGCAAUGCCUGUGUGCGCGGUUUCGAAAUUACUCAACAUUUUGUUCGUGCAUGUAGGACCCAAAAUUGCUCAAAAACGUGAUUCCAUGUACAAGGUCAAUGCAAAUUGUGUUUUUCAACCAAAAGUCAUAAAUGUAUGAUUAUUUUUUACUUUUGUUUGAUCAAAUAGAUUUAUUUCAUGCUAUUUAUGAUCGCAAAAGAGUCCCGACAAAGUUCAUCGAAAAAACAAAGGUUAAAAAAAACAAAGAAAUACAAAUAAAAAAACAAAAAAUGCAUAAGAAAUUACAUUUUUGGCAAUUUUUGGUGGAUAUUUGUUAUAAAUGUGAAAAUUGAUACUCUCACCAAAAAUUAGCAUUCUACUAGCUUAAUAAAUAUGGUUAAAGGCAAAAAAAAAAUUUAGGGCAAAUUUCAUAUGCUUAUUUGCAUAAUUGAUUAAUGAAAAAAAUAUAAAUAAUUAAUUUUUGUCUUGUAAAUUUGAUGCAGAAGUACAUGAAAUUGCUGAUAGUACACUUAAUUGCAUGUAAAAUCGAACGCACCCAAAUACGCGGAAUUCUACUACACAGUGUGCUUGCGUGAGUGGCUGUAUAAUAGAAAACAUAAAGUUCAACAAAUCCACACUUUAAAUAUUUUGAACUUGAAAAAAUAAAGCAAAUAGGCUAAAACCAUGUAAUAUUACAGUUUUAAGUAGUUUUAGUAUAAUUCUUAAUUGACCAUGCAGUGUUCCAACGUACCCCAUACCAUGUUCCAACUUACCCCGUAUUGGGGUAAGUUGGAACGUUUGCGAUGGUCUUGUUCAAGGUGGAUUUUUUUCAGUAACCAUAAUAGAGUUGAAAAUUUUAUGGGGUACAUUAUUUUGAAGCCCUUAGAUAUAUGCUUCAAGCUGAUAUAUUGAUUGUUUCUCGAAUAAAAUCUAUUUGGAUUUUACAGCCAUUUUGUCAAAAAUGUGCCAAUUAACCCCGGUCUCCCCUAUGUCGCGAAUUUUGUCUCAAAAGUUGCGCGAGACCUCAAAAAAAAAGUCAUAAAAUUUUGCGGUGCUAUCUUUUUUUGCGUUUUGGAAAUAUUGCACGAAACGUUGAGGGGGAGCAUCAUGCCCCCAGUCAUUUAAGGGUUAAACAGGCUUAAACAUCACCAUCUCAAAGACGUGCACCAUGGCUAGAACCUCGGACCUCUGCAUCAGUUAAUUUAUACUUCCUCCAUGUAUUACAGGCGCACGCCACAAUGCAGCACCCAGAAGAUAUUGUAGGCACUAUUAUUUCAUAAACUAUAUAAAAUAUGUUGUGAUCAUAAACUAA